AUGCACAACUUUGCGAAGGUCCAACUCUUGGGCGAACCGGCUGACGCAAGCCCGGCCUCGAUGGCACCAAACGCCUCCGAGGCAGAAGAGCUUUUGCCCUCCGCGGCCUGGGAGAACGGUACAUACCAAAGUCUCUUCACACUGCCCUGGCUGCUGGAGGUGCAGCGUCGCUUUUGGCCCCGUCUGUUGCAGGUCAAAGUGGACCUGGCUCUACGCGAUCACUACGCCUCUUUGCGCCGCCAGACUCCAUCCUCCUCUCGGCAGGCUGUAUCCGUGGCCAGCGCUUCUGCCGACCCGUCGAGCGGACAGACCCGUCCAGGUCCCGACUCGGCCGGCAGCCUCGUCCGCGGCAGAUUGCAGACGGCCGACUUCUCGUCGGACCCUUCGACAGUCGCCUCGUCGUCAGGCUCGCUGUCGCCCGACAACUCGGGCCCCGAGUCGCCGGAGUGUGAGAGCCCUCCACGAUUUCUCUAUCAUUGGGGACUGACUUUCAAUAUGAACCACCGAUGA